GAUUCUCUGUUGGAAAGACAAAAGUCAUACAUUUUACGAAGAGGAAAAUACAAAACAAGCUCCAAAUAAAACUAUAUGGAGAAAACAUAGAAGAGGUACAAGUAUUUAAAUAUUUAGGAAUAUGGUUUGAUAAAAAUAUUAACUGGUCAACCCACAUCAGCAAGAUAGUGGAGAAAAGUAAAAAGGUGUUAAAUAUAAUGAGGGCUUUGAGGGGUAAAGAUUGGGGGGCUGAUAGGUUGACAUUGAAAACAAUAUAUAUCACUUUAAUUCGGUCUGUUAUCGACUACGGAUGCAUUAUUUAUCGAUCUGCUUCAAAAACUCUACUUGAGAAAAUAGACCGGAUCCAGUCGCAGGCGUUAAGAUUAUGUUGUGGAGCUACUAAAUCUACUCCAGUGGCAGCAUUACAAGUAGAAAUGAAUGAAAAACCUUUGGACAUGAGGAGAGAUCAACUCUCAGCAGUUUAUUGGGCAAACUUAAAAGGAUCCAAGCAAGGACAUCCAACCCGUCAAGUGCUAAUAAAUUGCCAAGAAAAAGGGAAGAAAAAAAUGAAUAGUUUUGGGUGGAUAAUAGGAGAUAUAUGUAAAAAAACACAAAUUGACAAUAUUAAAGUGAGCCCUACAGUACCAAUUCCUGCAAUACCACCGUGGAUGUAUGAAAACCCAAAGGUAGACAUGCAGUUACUGAAGAAUAGACAUUUAAAUAGUUACCAAAUAGAAAAACGGAUUGAGGAAAUGUUUUUUGAUAAUAUUAUGAUAUACACAGAUGCAUCAAAAACUAUAAAUAGUAAAGUAGGAGCUGCUGCAGUUAUCCCACAGAGAAAUAUAGUAUUAAAUAAAAGAAUUAGUGAUAAACUAUCUGUUUUUACGGGGGAAUUGGUAGCAAUUUAUAUGGCAGUUAACUGGAUAGAGGAAAACAAAGCUAGGAAAGUAGUCGUGUGCUCGGACUCCAGCAGUGCAUUGACGAGCAUAAAAAACAUAACAUCAGAAACAAGACUAGAUAUAGUUUAUGAAAUAGUUCAGGCAAUCUACAGAAUAAAUAAAGCGGGAGGUGUGGUAACAUUUCUCUGGGUUCCUGCUCAUGUAGGAGUUGAGGGAAAUGAGUUAGCUGAUAGAUACGCAAAACAAGCAACCACUAAAACAGAAGUAAACAUGGAGAUUAAGCACAGUAAAGAAGAAGUGAAGAGCAUCAUUAAGAUAGAACACAAUAAAAAGUGGCAGGAUAAUUGGAAUAAGGAAACAAAAGGUAGAGAGUUUUACAAAGUCCAGAGGAAAGUAGGUGUAAUGAGAGGAGGGGGUAGAAAUAGGAAGGAAGAAGACAUUAUUACUAGAAUGAGAUUAGGACAUACAUAUCUAAAUAGUUCACUAAAAUUGAUAGGCAAACAUACUACAGGGCUGUGUGAUUUUUGCCACCAGAUAGAAAAUGUUGACCAUGUCUUAAUACAAUGUAGGAAAUAUAAUAGAGAAAGAGAAAUACUGGAAAAUAAGUUAGCAAAAGAAAAUAUUAGGUUAGAAGUGGGAGAUAUAUUAGGAUUGCAUUCAGAAAACAUAGGAUAUAAAGCAAUAUACACAUAUUUAAAAAACACUGGGUUAAGUAAAAGAAUAUAGAGUAGGGAUCCACCUCGGUCCACACUCCAUUACAGUAGGUGGCGCUAAUGCACACCAGAAGGUUGCUUGCCAACCGCCAUAAAAACAAAAGAAGAAGAAGAAGAAGAAGAAGAUCCUCUGCCAGAACGUAGCAACUGUACCCUCCUUGUGUGCGUUCCCGAACCACGCUGUGUGUCGUGUGCCUUUUUGGAUUCCCCUUGUCUUCCUCUGGCUUCCUGGUUUUCGUUCCCUUGCUCGCCCCCGGACAAACGACGACUCUCUCCUGCCUCUCGACCACGCUUCCGCCUUGGACUUCCCUACCUGCCUUGCCCGCGCCUGACCGCUCAGCUCCUCUCAACACGCACCUCCAACACUUGCGGUAAAUAACACCUCCCGUUAAAUUCCACACAUAGUCUUGCACCCAUUUCAUCUUUGUUACAUACACAUCAGAUUUG